UCUUUAUUGCGCAAUAUUUAUGACCUGAGCGCGAACGAUUAACGCAUGCGUUCUUAAGUUAAAGCGUGAUCACAACUUUCUUUUAAAAACACUAUAAGCUGGACAGAAGGCUGAGAUAAUCAACUCCUUGUCUAAUAGUGUGAGACAGGUUCAUUAUUAGCAUUACAGAAUGUCUUCUGAAACAAAGCGGGAUCUUACUGAAGGGUAUUCUACAGAAGAGUUGAUGAAAAAUCCGCAACUUAUGGCUGCUGUCCAAGCUCAGCUUAAUGGACUUGUUGGAGAAGGAACUGCUUAUAUAGAAACUUUGCCAAAAUGUGUCAGACGGAGAAUUAAUGCAUUAAAAAACAUACAAGUUGAUUUUGCCAAAAUUGAAGGUAAAUUUUAUGAGGAAGCUCAUUUAUUAGAAAUGAAGUAUGCAGAAAUCUUCAAGCCUCUUUAUGAUAAACGAAAGAAUAUUGUCAAUGCUUUAUAUGAACCAACUGAGGAGGAAUCUAAGUGGGUUGAACCAGGUGAAGAAAGUCCUGAGGAAGCAACAAAGAAUGAUGAAAAGUCAGAUGAAGAAAAGUUAGCUGAAAAAGUUUUAUCUAAUCUAAAAGUUGAUGAAAAUACUAAAGGAAUUCCAGAAUUUUGGUUGACUGCUAUGAAAAAUGUUGAAAUACUUAGUGAAAUGAUCCAGGAACAUGAUGAGCCGAUUUUAAAACAUCUUAUUGAUAUCAAACUUUUGUUUACUGGGAAGGUUGAAGGCGAUACAAGUGAUUCAACAAUGGGUUUUGUUCUAGAAUUUGUUUUCUCACCAAAUGAAUACUUUACCAAUAGUGUUUUAACAAAAACAUAUAGAAUGAAGUCUGAACCAGAUGCAGAUGAUCCAUUUUCAUUUGAAGGACCUGAUAUUGUUUCUUCUACAGGUUGUAAAAUUGAUUGGAAUCCAAAUAAAAAUGUUACCCAAAAACAAGUCAAAAAGAAGCAAAAACAUAAGGGUCGAGGCCAAACGCGCAUUGUUACAAAGACUGUACAAAAUGAUUCAUUCUUCAACUUUUUUGAUCCUCCUGAAGUCACAGAAGAAGAAGAGGAAUUGGAUGAAGAAACUGAAGCCAUUCUUGCAGCAGAUUUUGAAAUAGGCCAUUUUUUCAGAGAAAGACUAAUUCCUAAAGCUGUUUUGUAUUUUACUGGUGAAGCUAUUGAUGAAGAUAGUGACGAUGAAUUUGAAGAUGAAGAGGGUGACGAUGACGAGAACGAAGACGACGAAGAUGAUGACGAAGAAAACGAUCCUGACUAUAAACCUGCUGCAGGGGAUAAACCACAAGAAUGCAAGCAGCAAUAACUGUUUUAUAUACAAUGUUUGUCUGGCUGUAAACAUGUGGCAAUUAUUUGGGAAUAACGCUAACCCUAUGAAGCGUCUCGUUGUUUGAUGUCGUAAAUCGGUUAAACCGCAUAAAAAUAUUUCCGAUUAAAUAUUUUAUUUCCAGUAGAACUCGAAGCAUUAAAUGUUUUAGACGGUGGUUGGUUUACAAAAGAAAUGUUUAUAUAAAAUUCCUUCGGAUUAUUCAAAUUAGAUGCGCUAUGGAUAUGUAUUAAUUUAAAGUUCUAAAAUUUAAAUACAUUCGAUAUUAGCAAAAUA